AUGGCGGCGGGCCGGGAAACGCCGACGCAGGUCUUGGCAAAGGACACGCUUACGUCUGUCUCGACACAACCGGUUGUAUCUGCUGCUUCCUCGUGGAGCUUUGAAGAUGCUACUGUUUCGGUUACGAGCAAAGGUGCUGGUGUAGGCGGAGGUUCCAAGGACAGCCUGAGCCCUUCGAAGCCGCUUGGAAAGUCUGUAUCACUGGGCGCGACCGACACAUUGAAACUCGUCCUUACCACAGUCGAUGGAAGCACUGCGAAGCGUCCACACCAAGCAUACUUGACUCUGACCGACCCCGUUACUGGCGUAGAAGACUCGUUUGUGUUUAGUGUGAAGGACAGUGGAAAGGGCAAAGUCGAUCUGUCUCACAAGGAUCUACCCCAUCAAUUCUUGACAGCCGAGAAGCCAAUUGCCGCGUCCAUUGUCAUUGGAUCGUUCGGUUCAUCCAAGCCGUACAAGAGCAAAGUGUUUGACCUUAACGUCACUCGCGACACCAGCAUUCCUCUAAGCAUCCCCAACCCGCCGGUACGCUACGCCGCCGAGCCCGAGAUCCACCACAUCUUCCGCAGCGACCCCAAGUCCCCACCAAAGGUCAUAACUAUUGUGUUCGCGGCUGCUGUUGCUGCUGCGCUGCCCAUCCUACUUGGAGCAUGGGCUACUCUGGGCGCAAACGUUAGCCAUUUGGGCAAGGCUCUGGGUAACGCCCCUGUGUCGCACGCCCUUUUCUACGGCUCUAUACUGGCUAUGGAGGGCAUCUUCUUUUUGUACUACACGACUUGGAACCUUUUCCAGACCCUGCCAGCUGCCGCUGCCGUCGGAAUCGUUGCCUUUUUGAGCGGCAGCCGAGCUCUGUCCGAGGUUCAGGAGCGUCGACUGGCUGGUUUGAGAUAG